AUGAGAAAAGAGAAAAUUUUGGAUAACUUAUAAUUCAUUUCAUAUAUUCAUUUCAUAACCAUCUAACUACAGACGAGAGGAAACAUUAAUCAUUAUCAAUAGAAAAUUAGUGAUGUUAUAAAGAAAGAAAUUACCAAAAUCACCAAUUUUUUAAGAGAAGUCUAAGAUUAUCCCUAUAGUAAAAAAGAUUAUAGUACAAAAGCUUAUGAAAAGGAAACAAAAAAUAUAAUAAAGAAAGUAGCAGAGAAUAAGGGCAUCAUAAAUUUUAAAAAAAUUUUAGAACUACUCACAAGUAUAGAUGAAAAAUAUAUUUAAUGUGGUUUAAAGGGAGUACUGAUGAAGGUUGAUGUUACCAACAGAAACUUUGAAGGUAUCAGCAUGAAGAAUACAUCUUUGAUAGGAGUAUAUCUUAUUAGAUGUAAUAUUAGUGGAUCGAAGUGA